AUGGGAAACGCAUUACUAAAGGAAAAACCAGCCGACGUGUUUAGAAAAAAAGGAGACAUUUUAAAUCUACGGAACUUAAAGGCUGUGCAUGUCGAGAGAGUGUACCCUCCGCUAAAAAAAUCAAAAAAAAUUUCCGUGUGCAGAUGUUGGAAAUCGAAUAACUUCCCAUAUUGUGACAAUGCUCAUCAGAAGUUGCAACAGCAGGGGGUCAUUUGCGGCCCACUGCUUUUAGAAGUUCGACGAAGUAACAAUGCGCCUUCGUAA